CGUGAUGAAUGCAUUUUAUUUGACCAAUCAGGUGUCGCUUUUCCUCUAGCACGCGCUGCUCGGGAGUGAGCGCCUGUUGUUGGUCUUGGGCCGUUAGAGCGCUCGCGCCUGUCCUGCACCUGCGCAGACGCUGUCCGACUCGCCCUGUAGUCUAUAAUAUCAGAUAUUUUAUUGCUCGGUUUUGCUUUGCAUGACCAGAAUGCAGACUAGUUUAGUGCAUGUGUUUGUAGUGUGUGUGUGGGCGGUAAGGGCGAGCUCGCUCGCGCGCCCGGAGGAACCGUGUGUCGCCCCGUUACAGUGGGAGGGCCGGACCGUCGUGUAUGACCACAGCACCGGGAGAAACACACGCGCCGCUGUGUCGUAUGAUGCACAAAACCAACGCGUAAGAGUGUUAGAGCAGAAGACAGGACACACACCGUGCAAGAAGUUCUUCGAAUACAUCUACUUGUUUACGAGUGGCGUGUAUUUCCAGAUUGAACAAGUCACCAAGGCAUGUGCUAAGCUUAAUUUGACUGAUGCCUGGGACCCGUAUGACAUCCCAAUGAACUCCACAUAUGAGGAUCAGUAUUUCAUUGGUGGGCCCGGAGAUAUGAUUGAGGUUCAAGAGUGGUCUGAUCGAAAGCAAGCUCGCAAAGAUGAGACCUGGGUGGGAGUUUACACCUUGAAAGACUGCUACCCCGUGCAUGAGACAUACACCAAGAACAGCAGCGUGACCACCACCACUCGCUUCUUUGACCUGGAACUAGGCAUCAGUGACCCUGAAGUGUUCAUCCCACCCAGCACCUGCAUGUCGGCUCUGCCUGAACAUAUGGACUCUGACUGCUGAACCUUUUAUUCUUAGUCUAUCACUUUUCUGCAAUC